AUGGCAACGCUCUCACAGGCCCGACUUGCUGGAUGGGCCUCACGUUGGCUGACAGAUGAACUUGUCGCACUGUCCAAAGCGGGCAAUUGGGAAAGCGCCAUGACCACAUUGACGCAACUGCAACAGGCAAACAUAGUGGAGAGCAAUGUUUUUCACUACACCACCGUAAUUAGUGCUUGUGGUCGGUCAGGAAAGUGGGAGGCGGCGAUGUCUGUCUUUAAACACAUGGUGAAGAACGACGUGAAGCCGAAUGUUUAUACUUACACGGCUCUUAUUAGCGCAUGUGCCGCUGCACAAAAACCGGACGUUGCGCUUCGGAUGUAUGCUCACAUGAGACUGGCAGACGUUGCCCCAAAUGUGCGGACAAUGACGGCACUGGUGACUGCAUGCGCCCGUUCUGGGCAAUGGGAGCGGGCCAGAAAAAUUUUGCGAGAGUGCGAUGAGCUUUGCAUCGCACCCAAUGUCUUUACAUACACCGCUGCAAUAGAAGGAUGCCACCGUGCGGGAGCUUGGAAACCCGCAGUGGAACUCCUUAACGAGAUGCGCAACCCUCUAAACGUUCGUCCUAACGAGAUCACAUACAACACAGUCCUCGGGGCCUGUGCUGCGGCUUCCGCCCAUGCGCCGGCGCUAAAGGUCUAUGCAGCCAUGGUAAGUGAUGGGUAUAUGCCAGUGUCGUAUACAAAGACACUUUUGACAGAGUUGUUUAAGAACACCGCUCUGGACGGACUAGCGGAUGACUUGCAGGUGCGCAAGAGUAAAUGGCGUGAUGCAAAUGCGCCAGAUUCAGAUCCUGCUGUCAUCUUGGAGCUGUCCCGUGAAGAGGAAGCCAAGGAAGCGUAA